AAUAAAUGGCUUUCUCUAGAAACUCGUCAAUCAAUCAUUGUUUCAAGAAAUGAAGGCUAUAAAAUGCUUGAAAUAUCCAAAAACCUUAAGAUUUAUAGCAUAUUGUGGCAACUCAAAAACAAACAUAAAGACAAUGUGAUUUUCUAGUUCUAAUUUAGCAUGAUUACUCAAGGAUAAGAUGCUGGAGUGAUGGCUGCUGGAUAUGGGGCCCGUCUUGAUUUGAUCAAAAUUGACUUUUUUCAAAUAGUGAUUGUGCUGUUUUAUACAUCAGUAAUGUCCUGACUAUAUUUUGUGAUCAGUUGAAUGUCACUUUGGUGAAUUAAAGUACCAAUUUCCUUCCAAAACAGUAAAAUCUGUAUAUUAUUCCAAACUUUUGGCUUCAGUUUACCUGUCACAUAGGGUUAAUUGGAUCAUGCCUGACAAUGGGAAGCCUCCCAAUAGUGACCAUUCCACCCCCAUCCAGUCAAACUUCCAGAUCUCCAGUGACUCCGAAGCAGAGGACAAGGAAGAAUGGUUCAGCUGCAGCCCCCCUUAUUGAGCUUAAUCCUGACCACCAGGUGGCAGAGGAGGCCACUGCCGACUGACAGAACCCUACACUCCAGUCGCUGCCAACACUCACAGCCACUGAGGCCAUUCUCCAGUCAUUGCCGGCGUCCCCAGAAGCCGUUCCCCAGUCGCUGCCAGUGCUCCUGUCCACGGAGGCCGUUCCCCAGUCGCUGCCAGCGCUCCCGUCCACGGAGGCCGUUCCCCAGUCGCUGCCAGCGCUCCCGUCCACGGAGGCCGUUCCCCAGUCGCUGCCAGCGCUCCCAUCCACGGAGGCCGUUCCCCAGUCGCUGCCAGCGCUCCCAUCCACGGAGGCCAUUCCCCAGUCGCUGCCAGCGCUCCCAGCCACGGAGACAAUUACACAGUCGCUGCCAGCACUCCCGGCCACAGAGGAAGAUCUCCAGUUGCUGCCAGCGCUCCCUGGAGGCGGCCAGUUGCCGCCAGCGCUCCCGGCCACGGAGGCCGUUCCCCAGUCGCCGCCAGCGCUCCCGGCCACGGAGGCCAUUCCCCAGUCCCUGCCCUUUGCUCAGUCCAGUGGCCAACACCCAUCAGACACCAGCUACCAGUCUGUUAUGCAGUCCAGCAAACAGCCUUUUACUCAGUCCAGUGGCCAGCAUCUGUCAGACACCAGCUACCAUCAGACACCAGCCAAAUGUCUGUUGUUCAACCAGUAGCCAGCACCCAUCAGACACCAGCCAAAUGUCUGUUGCUCAGCCCAGUAGCCAGCACCCAUCACACCAGCCACCAGAAUGUUGCUCAGCCCAGUGACCAGCACCUGUCAGACACCAGACACCAAUCUGUUGCUCCAUCUAUUCAGUGCCCAGCAGCUGCCCACGUCCAGUCUGACCCCUGCCCAGUGGACUCCCACGUCCAGUCUGACCCCUGUCCAGCAGCUGUCCUCUGUCAGGCUGAUCCUUUGCCAGCGGCCACUGCCCAGCUUAACCCUUCGCCUGCAGUAGCCACCCAGUCUGACCCCAGUCCUGUGGCCAUGUCUGACCUCAUCCUCUGUCCUGCGGCCCAGUCUGCCCUGGUGCCCUGGCCACCUUCCUAGUGUCCCCACCCUCCCGCCCUUUGUCGUUCCAUCCUGUCCUGGCCAGUUUGGAUGCCAUGAGGGGGGUGGGGGGCUGUCACAGUCUGGGCUGGACAGGCCCUCCUGUCUGUCUUGUCGUGUGUUUGUGUCUGUGUUUCCCUCUCUCUAUCCCUCUUGUGUCUUGCAGGUGCCAUAAGAACUUCAGCUCUGUUGUCAGGAAGACUGAUUGUUUCUCCACCCAACUCCAAUUACAAACUCCUAUAUAUUCUCUCCUUUGUUCUUUCUUUGGAUUGUUUUGUGUUGCAGCUCUGUUAGCGUGUUCUGGUCUGUUCCCUGUUUCCAGUUUCGGUCUGUGUAGUUUCAGUUUUCAUGAGUUUUGAUUUGUAGUUUGCACUUUAUUUGGUGUUUAUUUAAUAAAAGCCCUAUUCUG